AUGCUUGGUAGCCGUAGGGAGAAGUUCGCAUCCAUAUUUAACAGAGUUAAGGGAAUGAUAGAGAAGGGUGCAUUAGCCCACGAAGACCGUCCUUUAUGGUACGAUGUGUACAAAGCAUUCCCUCCACGAGUUGAUCCAACAUAUGAUCGACAGUGCCCCACUAAUGCUGUCCGAAAUAUUUUGUAUCCAGAGGACCGUGAAAGAGCGACAGUACAGAUCGGAGACUUUGAACAUGUUUAG